UCUUCAACUGUUUUUGCCAAUCCAAUCAGUACAUGCACGCAACCCAGGACACUGCCUCGCUCCGUUGCAAUGGGACAAGGCGCAAUGCAGUCGAAGAGGCAAAGAACAAGUUCACCAGACUGGAGUGAGCAAGUGAGAAGCUCGUUUGAGACAUCGCAGGGCGGGCAAGUCGAUGCUUUUCAUGCUCAGUGGGAAUCAGCCGGACUGGACUCCUCGUCCGGUUUACCUUCCCCCAGCUUCGUUUCGAGUGUGGAGGGUCAUACUCACAACGACGUGGAGCUUGAGAACAGCUUCUUCAGCGCCGAAAUCUUCCCUGAGUUUUCUCUUGACUCCGACUCUCGUCACAGCAACAAGCCGAAGCGGCGGCACGGAUGGAGGACAUGCACGUACAUCGAGGGAUGCUGCAAGGCUGCAAACUUUGGGGACCCGGUCGACGGGAAGCCGAUCUUCUGUUUGCAGCACAAACUUCCGAUGCACAAGAACGUGGUGAGCCGCAAGUGCCAGCACGUCGGCUGCAGCAAACGGCCUGUCUUCGGGGAGCCCUUCAGCAAGAAACCCGGGUACUGCAGAGAGCACAAGUCAGCGCAUCAUGUGGACGUUGCGAACAAGAGAUGUCAGUUCCCAAACUGUCGUCGACACCCUGUGUUCGGCGACGCUCGCGUCUACCUGGAACAAGCUGAGCAAGUGGAGGCAAAGUUUUGUGCGAAGCACAAGCUGACUCAUCAUGUGGAUGUUCGACAUCGGAGGUGUGAGUUCCAGAACUGCACGAAGCUUCCCUCCUUUGGCUGGCACAACGACAUGAUCCCCCGGUGCUGCUCUACACACAAGAAGGACGGGCAGGUCUACGUGGCGUCUCGUCUGUGCC